ACACUUGUUUGGAGGAGCAAGACUUUCUGGCAGACGCUGUGUGUGUGUUCUGUGUUAGAGGAGAAAAAGAAUGACCUGAGGAGGGAGAGACGGGACAACGACCUCAGAAAUAAAGCAAGGCCUGCUGCGGAGUGGGACAGAAACUGAGGGGAAAUCAAGACUUUUUUCAUUUCCAAAGAAGAAUUACUGGACUUCAACUGCAAAAAUGACUAAAGCCUCUGUGUGGGUCCUGCUGCUCCUCUGUUCAUGUCCUCUUGACUUCUCACGCCCCCCUUAUGAUGAGAGAAAAGCUCCGGAUCCUAGCUGGGACAGAGUGCACCCAAAGGACCACCAACAAGAUGCAAGGCGCAGGGAGGUGAGGGAGUGUCGACGCUGCUGUGACCCGGGAGAGGAGCCCCCCCAUCAGUACUCCAGUCAACAGUACAAAGUUGUACCACAGAUCAACAUCACUCUGCUCAAAGGCGAGAAAGGUGAUAUCGGAGAACGAGGACACUACGGUAAAUCAGGCAGAGCUGGUCAGAUGGGUCCUCCAGGUCCUGGUGGCGUGAAGGGCAGCAAAGGCAGCGUGGGCCUCCCGGGUGAACCGUGCAAGUCUUACUUUGCCGCCUUCUCUGUUGCUCGUAAGAAGGGUCUACAAUCCAACGACUACUACCAGACUCUGGUUUUUGACAGAGAGCUCGUUAACCUCUAUGGUCACUUCAACAUGUUCACUGGUAAGUUCUACUGCUACGUGCCUGGCAUUUACUACUUCAGCCUGAACGUGCAUACGUGGAACCAGAAGGAGACGUACCUGCACGUGAUGCACAAUGAGCAGGAGGUGGUGAUCCUCUACGCCCAGCCCAGUGACCGCUCCAUCAUGCAGAGUCAGAGUCUGAUGCUGGAGCUGGAGAGUGGCGAUCAGGUCUGGGUCAGACUCUUUAAAGGCGAGAGGGAGAAUGCCAUCUUCAGUGAUGAGUUUGAUUCUUACAUUACCUUUAAUGGACACCUGAUUAAGUCCAAGAGUGAAUUGUAGUGAUGAGAGGGGACAAGUUGGAGAUGGCACCUCAAAAGCAUGUAAAUAUGGACAAAAAUGGUCUCAAAGAAUGUGUUAUGAAACGAUAUGUCUUGUAGACAUUUUAGAACAGAAACAAAUAAAAUUGGAAUUAAAGGCAUAGGUCAUUUUUUUAUAAGAGUGGUUGUAUGAGGUUAUUGUCAAUAGCAACUGCCAAUUUCCACAUAGACAGUAGACCCCACACCCUGCCCCAGCGUAUUUGAAACGGAGCAGAGAAUACUGGCUCUGUUGGCACAUUCCAUGAGCAUUACUAGAGUGGCAGCGAACUGCGACGUACAACAAUACAAAAGAAUUAUAGUUUAAAAAGUAUAUUGUAAAUGUUGAUAUUACUGCAUACCAGAUUGAGAUGACUUUAAACAACACUUUUGAAGGAGGCGUAUAAAACAGCAGCGUUCAGUAGGGAACAAGAUGGCGAUUGCUGCAGACUGAAGGUGCCAUGAAGGAGCUGCUGGUACCCCUUGAUCUAGAAAGGUCCUGAAGUACUGUUAUUACUAAGUCCCACUCGUAGCUCUCUGGGUUCAUGGAUAUGAGUUCACAGUUAACACUUCCCUCCUGUCCUCCAGUCUACACAGAAGUUUCCCCCUCUCUGUUUUAAACCUGCUGAGUCUCCAUCUGCAGUUUUUACUCUGGUCCAUGAAGUAUCCUCUAGGAUCCAUAGUAAAAGUGCGUGUCGUAGUUGCUGUAAAAAUUUCUAAGUUUGGUUGUAUUUGUUGUCUCUUUCGGAGCCCGCAGCUGAUCACUUUAGGCGGAGCACAAUAUUGCCAAACUAAGUGGCUUACUGACAGAAAAGUACGGUGCUGAGAAUUUUCUCUUACUAUGUACACUUGGCCUGACAUUGUUUUUUAGUGUUUUCUUAAAAUUAGCAUAAUUGUGGUAUGAAUUACCAGGGAUGUAUUAGCGAGCUUCACUGCCAGUUCUCUAGACGGGUUCUAAAUAAAGUGGCGAGCUGGUCGGCAUCUGCUGUAGCGAAAAUACCUACUGAUGACAAAUACCUCAUACAACCCUACUUCAGAUAAAACCUGAACUAUCCCUUUAAUGCAAUAAUCUUUUUUGUUUUAAACAAAUCUCUUCUGUAAUGGCCAUAUACAGGUUAUUUAACAGAAUUUCUGGCAUUUUUAGGUCCAGUCAAGACUGAUCCAUUUUGGAUUUUCUCCCUUUAUAUGUGUUUAUGUUCUUCUGUUGUUUGGAGGUUUACUGACAAUCAGAUGCUAUGCAGAACAACACAGCGUGACAGAUGCUGUCUGGUUUUUUGUUUUUUCCUGAAGAUCAUUACUUUUUCUGUCCUACUUAUGUAAUUAUGUUUUGUUUGCCUUAAUGUGUUAUCACAACUAUUUUUGACAUCUAUAUUACCCUCCUAACCUUGUCACUGUAAAUGUAAACAACAAGGGGCGGAUAGCUACAAGGUGGUAAUUCAAGACUCUUAAAGGAAGAAUGUGCUACUUAGAUGUGCGCACCAGCAGAAAGAAAAACAGACUCCUCUUUGGACACACUGAAUCCUCCGCUCUCCUCCAGCGGCACACCUCAAACCCCUCUCCACUCGCGUUUGCACAAAGGAGUUAUCAAACUGGAUCACACCAUAAUUAAGUGCUAGGCUGCUGCAUUGUUUUGUUAGCAGGCUAAUUGUAGCGAUCUUUAGUUAGCUCGUAGCUUCACAUUGCAUGUAAAUAUACACAGAAUGAUCAUGAUCUGAAAACGUGUCAACAUGUUAUUUUCAAGCCACAGAUUUUUCACACUGUAUCGUUUGCCCACAGAGAUACAUGCAAACAAUAUAAAAAGCGAUGACCAUUGCCAACAUCA